AUGUCCAGUGCAUUGAGCUACCUGGGAGUGUGCCACUGCUAUACCGGCAUCGCUGAUUCAGUCCUCUGGUUCUGCAUCGCGAGGGCGCGCUGCAGCUUAAGGAUGGGGAGAUGUCACGAACAGGCCUCCGGCUAUACUUCGAGUUGGGCUGCACUAGCUGUACCGGCCUGCGGCGCCAUCGCCGUGCUCCCCAGCCGCGCGUGCACGUCGGCAAUCUUCCCUUAUCUGGUUAGGGUCGUCUCAAGGUACCUCGUGGCUGCGCUGCUCCGCUCCGAUGACUGGCGUGUGCGCGUGGUCGACCUCGCCCCCACCGUUGUGCUUGGCACCGGCGAGGCGGAGGAGCUCCUCGGAGCUGCCAUCCAGGAUGGCCAGGCUUCCUACAUCCAGGGCGACGUCCGUGACCUCACGCAGAUUGCCAAAGCUUUUGAAGGGGUACACGUUGUUUUCCAUACGGCUGCUCCAGAUGCAAUUAACGAAAACUUCGGACUUCACUACUCUGUCAAUGUUGAAGGAACAAAGAAUGUUGUUGAAGCUUGUAUCAUGUGCAAGGUCAAGAGGCUUAUAUACACCAGUUCUAGUGGUGUUGUAUUUGAUGGGGUUCAUGGCCUUUUUGAUGCUGAUGAAUCAAUGCCUUAUCCAUUUAAGUUCGUCGAUGCCUAUACACAAACUAAGGCAGAAGGAGAGAAGAUAGUGAUGAAAGCUAAUGGCACAAAAGGCCUUCUCACUUGUUGUAUACGUCCUGGCAAUAUUUUUGGGCCUGGUGGCAAAAAUAUACCAAUGCUAGCAUCUUCAAGGAUAUGGAAGUUUAUGAGAAAACUUUGUCUAGUGAGGAGGGUGCAAAGAUAUAGCUGGAGGGCAAGAAUAUCUCGGAUAUAA